UAUGUGGUCUUCUUGACCCAGCAGAGUUAGGAUUCACUAUGACACAUGAACACUUCACAAUGGUAUUCAAUGUAUCCUAUACGGAGGCUGACAGAAAAGAGGAUUUGAAAACAAUGACAGAUGCUCCGCUUAACAUGCCAAAUGAAAAGAAGGUGUUACAGGCUUCUGCUGCUGCACAAACUGUCACUAGUUGCCCAGUCAUCAUUCAUCCAGGACGUGACCAAGCAGCUCCUGCAGAAAUCAUCCGAAUUUUACAAGAAGCUGGUGGUGAUAUAAGUCGAACAGUUAUGUCUCAUCUUGAUAGAACUUUGUUUGGCAAUGAAAAUUUGUUGGAGUUUGCAAAAUUGGGCAGCUAUUGUGAAUAUGAUCUGUUUGGAAUAGAGACAUCACAUUACCAAUAUACAGACAUCGACAUGCCCAGUGAUGCACAGAGGAUUGCUUAUAUCAAAACAUUAAUAGAUGAAGGAUAUGAAGAUAAAGUUGUCAUUGCACAUGAUGUACUUACCAAACAUAGAUUGAUGAAGUAUGGUGGCCAUGGUUACUCUCACAUCCUGCUUAAUGUCAUUCCUAAGAUGUUGAAGAGGGGAAUUUCCCAAGAUGCAAUUGACAAGAUUACAAUACAUAAUCCUAGAAACUGGCUAGUAUUCAAUGAAUAACUGAUUCAUUAAAUCAAAUAUUUCAGGAAAUUAAGGAAUCAGUUUUUGACCAAUGUUUUCAAAAUUAUUACAGUGUUUCAUUGGAGCAAAUAUUACAGUUGUCUAAAAACAGCUAUUUUAAUAAAUUUAUUCAAAUUAUUAAAAAAGAAAAAAACAUCUAAUCAGAACAUUCAUUUUCAGUCAUGUGACAUAUCCAGCUGCAGGUGGAUCCAAUCGCGCCACUUGCAUUUUAGAGACUUGUUUGUAGAUGCUAUCAUACUUUCUAGUUUACAUCAGUAUACACCAAAUUAAUUCAAAGUAUAGUAAAUAAAUGUGUGAGAUUCCAUGCAAGG